AUGCCUUUAACCUUCUGCCCAAACUGCAGCAAUGCAUUGACCAUAUCCAAAGGCCCGUCCACCGCACAAUACCCCGCCGGCGUGAACCGAUUUGAAUGCCGCACCUGUCCCUACCAGUAUGUUCUCGACCGAACAUACUUCGAGCGCACCGAGAUGAAGCGAAAGGAGGUGGCCGAUAUUAUGGGAGGCAAGGAUGAAUGGAAAAAUGCCGACAACAUGGCCGCCCAAUGCCCAGCCGAAGGAUGCAAUAGCGACCGCGCCUAUUUCUACCAGCUUCAGAUCCGCAGUGCCGACGAGCCCAUGACUACCUUCCUCCGGUGUGUCACUUGUGGGGUGCGAUGGAGAGAAAACUGA